CGACAGCUCGCCGUCCGUACGCCGCCGCCGCCAUUCAACAACGACGAGACUCAGCCCUCAGCUCGACGACAGCUCAACUCAAACCGUUAGCGACGGCGUGGAAGAGAGCGGUGGGGGAUAGCUUAUGAACGAAGAGAGGGAAAAAACGGUAUGAUUAAAAGCGUUAAAAUAACAUAUAACGCUUUCCGUGGGUCCAAUUGUAUAACAGACAACCCAAUCUUUCCUCAUCCUCCUCCCAUUCACCAACCGCCACUCUGCAUCUCUUCACCUUUUAGCUCCUCAGCUUCUCACCAACACACUCUCUCUAUAUACACACACAAAUACGUAUAUCAAUCAAACAUCUCUGCUUCGGUGAAUCGUACUAUCUUCCGAUUUUCAAGCAGGGAAGCAUUCCUUCGGAUAGAAGCGAUGUCGAAAGAUGGAAAUGGAUCAGUAGACACUAUGCCGUCUCCAUACGACGAGGCGAUGGAGGCUCUGUCUUCACUGAUAACGAAGCGCAGCCGUGCAGAUAAAAAUAACAAUGGGGAUCGGUUUGACAUAUUGUUUGAUUACAUUAAGAUGCUUGAACUAGAGGAGCCAAUAAAACAUAUGAAGGUUAUUCAUGUGGCGGGCACCAAAGGCAAGGGGUCAACUUGCACUUUCGCAGAAUCUAUUAUGCGUAACUGUGGCUUCCAAACUGGGCUUUUCACAUCUCCUCACCUUAUUGAUGUUCGAGAAAGAUUUAGGCUGAAUGGUUCAGAUAUUUGUGAAGAGAAGUUUCUGGAAUACUUUUGGUGGUGUUGGGAUCGACUAAAGGAAAGAACGUCCAAUGAGGUACCCAUGCCGACUUAUUUCCGUUUCCUCGCCUUGCUCGCCUUUAAGAUAUUUGCAGCUGAGCAGGUUGAUGUUGUCAUUUUGGAAGUUGGUUUAGGUGGAAAAUUUGAUGCUACAAAUGUGGUUGAAAAUCCAGUCGUCUGUGGCAUAGCAUCCCUAGGGUAUGACCACAUGGAAAUUCUUGGAAAUACACUUGGACAAAUUGCUGGGGAAAAGGCUGGAAUCUUCAAGAGUGGUAUUCCAGCCUUUACCGUACCACAACCCGAAGAAGCAAUGACUGUUCUUGUGCAGAAAGCCGCAGAGCUCGGUGUAAAUCUUCAAGUAGCUGAUCCUCUAGAUCCUAGCCUACUGAGUGAUGUGCAUCUUGGGCUUGAGGGUGAGCACCAAUACUUAAAUGCAGGACUUGCAGUUGCAUUAUGCUCAACUUGGCUUCAGAGAGAAGGUCAUGUUGGAAUCAAUUACUUAAACCAGAAUACCUCUCUCCCAGAGGAAUUCAUUAGAGGACUUGCGACUGCCUCUUUGCAAGGACGUGCUCAAAUUGUCCCUGACCAUCUUAUUGAGAGUGAGAGCCCAGGAGAUCUUGUCUUCUAUUUGGAUGGUGCCCACAGCCCUGAAAGUAUGGACGUAUGUGCAAAAUGGUUUUGUCUAGCAACCAAAGAAGAUCAUAACCCUUCAUAUAACCAGUCUUACAAUAUCGCUAAAGGAUCACUUGAAUCAGGGAACAGUGCACCACUCAGAAAGUAUCCUACUCAGAUUCUGUUGUUCAAUUGUAUGUCUGUGAGAGACCCUCAGUUGCUUCUUCCACGCUUGAUAAAUGCCUGCACUAGUCAUGGAGUCCACUUCAAGAAGGCCUUAUUUGUUCCAAACACGUCAGUGUAUUACAAGGUGGGCACUGCUUUACCUGCUGCUGAUGCUCAAGUUGAUUUAUCGUGGCAGCUAACACUUCAAAGAUUAUGGGAAACUCUCAUUGUUGGGGAAAAAGGUAGAGAUCCCAAAAACACGGAAUUAACGUGUGAAGCUGGCAAUAACGAUGCUGAGAAAGGUUGUCAUAACUCUGAGAACAGCACAGUGUUUACAUCUCUUCCUCAAGCAAUCAAUUGGCUCAGGGACAGCGUCCGAAAAAAUCAAUCUGUUCGUUUCCAGGUCCUGGUGACGGGCUCGUUACAUUUAGUAGGCGACGCGUUGCGAUUAAUCAAGAAGUAAAGUUGGGAGGAUCACAUAUUUCUCUAUAAAUGAUUUCAUCAUUCAUUAUAUAUUUGAUUAAUCAAGAAGUAAAGUUGGAAGGAUCACAGUUUUCUCUGUGUUUGAUUUCAUCAUUGAUUAGAGACUCAACAACGAAAAGAUGUCUCUUUAACUAACAUUGCAGAUAUUGUAUCAUCAUCUACAAAUUUGUGUUUCUAAAAAUUUGUUUUUGUCUGUUUUCAAUUACAGUUGGAUGGUUUUUAUGGUGUUUUUGUCAUGUUAA